ACGAAUCCCGGUCCAAAUAUAAAUACAUCUCUCAAGUACUUCCUUCUCACACUCUCUGCCGCCACUCUCAUCUCUACGUACAAUCUAUACAUACAUAUACAGUAGAGAUGGCCGUUACUUUCUCCGAUCUACACACCGAAGCAGGCCUGAAAUCCCUUGAAUCUUUCCUCUCAGGAAAAACCUUCAUCUCUGGAGAUGAAAUUACAAAAGAUGAUGUGAAAGUAUAUGCAGCUGUUUUGGAAAAACCAAGUGCUGAUUUAUACCCAACUGCUUGUCAGUGGUAUGACACUGUUGCUUCUAAGCUUGCUUCAAGUUUCCCUGGUAAAGCUGCUGGAGUGAGUAUCUCUGCUCAAGCUCCAUCUGCAGAAGCUGCCCCCCCAAAGGAAGCUGCCAAGGAGUUUGCAGCAGAUGAUGAUGAUGAUCUUGAUCUUUUUGGGGAUGAGACAGAAGAGGAAAAGAAGGCAGCUGAAGAGAGGGAUCAAGCAAAAGCAUCUACAAAGAAGAAAGAGAGUGGAAAGUCAUCAGUUCUUAUGGAUAUAAAGCCAUGGGAUGAUGAGACAGACAUGAAGAAGCUAGAGGAGGCUGUUCGUAGUGUUGAGCUGCCAGGGCUUCUGUGGGGAGCAUCAAAACUUGUUGCAGUCGGUUAUGGGAUUAAGAAGUUGACCAUCAUGUUGACUAUCAUUGAUGAUCUUGUUUCGGUUGAUGAUCUCAUAGAGGAGCGUCUUACAGUUGAGCCAAUCAAUGAAUAUGUUCAGAGCUGUGACAUUGUUGCAUUUAACAAGAUUUAAAUGGCAACCCUGCUUAGAUAGGGUUCGUCGGCUCCAAAGUUCAAGUUUUGCUUAUAUUUAGCUGGUCGGGAUUGUUCUAUCCUUGUAUCGUUCUAUAUCUCUGUGAAUUUCUGUUUGAUCUUACCUUUGUAUGUGGAACUAUCAAUACUGAAUGCUUAAAAGUUUAUUGUGACUACCAUUAGAUUUC